AUGACUCUACUGGAACCUGAGAUGUUAAUGAUGGCUGUGCAGUCCGUGCUGCAGUUGAAGCUCCAGCAGCGGCGGACACGGGAAGAGCUGGUGAGCCAAGGGAUCAUGCCUCCUUUGAAAAGUCCAGCUGCGUUUCACGAACAGAGAAGGAGUUUGGAGCGGGCCAGGACAGAGGACUAUCUGAAGCGCAAGAUUCGUUCCCGGCCAGAGAGAUCGGAGUUGGUCAGGAUGCACAUUUUGGAAGAGACCUCGGCUGAGCCUUCCCUCCAGGCCAAGCAGCUGAAGCUGAAGAGAGCCAGGUUGGCUGAUGACCUCAACGAGAAGAUUGCACAGAGGCCUGGCCCCAUGGAGCUGGUGGAGAAGAACAUCCUGCCUGUGGAGUCCAGCCUGAAAGAAGCCCUCAUCGUGGGCCAGGUGAACUACCCGAAAGUGGCAGACAGCUCUUCUUUCGAUGAGGACAGCAGCGAUGCCUUAUCCCCUGAGCAGCCUGCCAGCCAGGAGUCCCAGGGCUCAGUGCCAUCACCCCUGGAAGCCCGAGUCAGCGAGUCACUGCCCAGUGCCACCUCCGUAUCCCCCUCUCAGGUUGUGUCUCAGCUCCCAGUGGGCCCAGAGUCCCGAGAAACGCUUUUCCUGCCAGAGCAGCCUCCUCUGCCUCCCAGCCUCACCAACGGAACCACGGUCCCCACCACCAAGCCCAUCCCCACGCUCAUUAAGCAAAGCCAACCCAAGUCUGCCAGCGAGAAGUCGCAGCGCAGCAAGAAAGCCAAGGAGCUGAAGCCAAAGGUGAAGAAGCUCAAGUAUCACCAGUACAUCCCCCCGGACCAAAAGCAGGACAAGGGGGCGCCCCCCAUGGACUCCUCCUACGCCAAGAUCCUGCAGCAGCAGCAGCUGUUCCUCCAGCUGCAGAUCCUCAACCAGCAGCAGCAGCAGCACUAUAACUACCAGACCAUCUUACCGGCCCCCCCAAAGCCGGCAGGUGAGGCUCUGGGAAGUGGGGGGGCUCCCCAGAUGCGCAGCCUUUCCACUACCAGUACCACCUCCAGCUCAGGCGCCCCAGGGCCCAGUGGGCUGACACGUCAGAACAGCACCUCGCUGACUGGCAAGCUGGGAGCCCUGCCCGCCAACCUGGACGACAUGAAGGUGGCAGAACUGAAGCAGGAGCUGAAGUUGCGGUCACUGCCCGUCUCUGGCACCAAGACAGACCUGAUUGAGCGCCUGCGUGCCUACCAAGAACAAGUCAGCCCUGCCCCCGGAGCCCCCAAGGUCCCUGCUGCCACCUCCAUCCUGCCCAAGGCUGGCGAGGUGGUGGUAGCCUUCCCGGCGGCCCGGCUAAGCACGGGGCCUGCUCUGGUGGCAGCAGGCCUGGCCCCCGCCGAGGUGGUGGUGGCCACAGUGACCAGCAAUGGAGUGGUGAAAUUUGGCAGCACAGGCUCCACACCCCCCGUGUCUCCCACGCCCUCCGAGCGUUCGCUCCUCAGCACAGGAGACGAGAACUCCACACCUGGGGACACCUUCGGCGAGAUGGUGACAUCGCCACUGACCCAGCUCACCCUGCAGGCUUCGCCGUUGCAGAUCCUCGUAAAGGAGGAGGGCCCCCGGGCCGGGUCCUGCUGCGUGAGCCCGGGGGUGCGGGCAGAGCUGGAGGGGCGUGACAAGGACCAGAUGCUGCAGGAAAAGGACAAGCAGAUCGAGGAGCUGACCCGCAUGCUCCGGCAGAAGCAGCAGCUGGUGGAGUGGCUCAGGCUGCAGCUGGAGCAGGAGAAGCGGGCCCAGCAGCCCCCGCCCGCGCCCACCCCCGCCCCCGCCCCCGCCCCCGCCCCCCUUGGCGUCCCAGUGAAGCAAGAAAACAGCUUCUCCAGCUGCCAGUUGAGCCAGCAGCCCCUGGGCCCUGCUCAUCCCUUCAGUCCCAGCCUGGCAGCCCCCACUCCCCACCGCGCCGACACUGGCGCCCUGGUGCCUCCUCCGGUGGUGGUGAAGCAGGAAGCCGUGCUGCCCGAGUCGGAGCCGGAGCCCGCCCCCACGCCCCAGCUGCUUCUGGGCCCACCGGGCCCCGGCCUCGUCAGAGGGGUGACACCUCCCGCCGGCAUCACUGACUCCACAGGGACCCACCUUGUCCUCACUGUGACCAAUAAGAAUGCAGACAGCCCCGGCCUGGCCAGCGGGAGCCCCCAGCAGCCCUUGUCCCAGCCUGGCUCUCCAGCCCCCGUGCCACCAGCCCAGAUGGACCUGGAGCACCUGCCGCAGCCCCCGUUCGGGACCUCCGCCUCUCUGCCGAAGAAGGAGCCGCCUGGCUAUGAGGAAGCCGUGAACCAGCAGCCCAGACAGCAGGAAAAUGGUUCCUCGAGCCAACAGAUGGAUGACCUGUUUGACAUUCUUAUUCAGAGUGGAGAAAUUUCAGCAGAUUUCAAGGAGCCGCCAUCCCUGCCAGGGAAGGAGAAGCCCCCCGCGACAGCAGCCUGUGGGUCGCCCCUGGCCACACAGUCCCCGCCCUCUGCUGAGCUUCCCCAGGCUGCCCUGCCCUCAUCGACCUCACUUGCCCUUCCCGGGCGCCUGGAGGACUUCCUGGAGAGCAGCACUGGGCUACCCCUGCUGACUGGCGGACACGAGGGGCCAGAGCCCCUCUCCCUCAUUGAUGACCUCCAUAGCCAGAUGCUGAGCAGCUCUGCCAUCCUGGACCACCCCCCCUCACCCAUGGACACCUCGGAAUUGCACUUUGCCCCCGAGCCCAGCAGCAUGGGCCUGGACCUGGCUGAUGGCCACCUGGACAGCAUGGACUGGCUGGAGCUGUCUUCAGGUGGCCCCGUGCUCAGCCUGGCCCCACUCAGCAACACGGCCCCCAGCCUCUUCUCCACGGACUUCCUUGAUGGCCAUGACUUGCAGCUGCAUUGGGAUUCCUGCUUGUAG